AUGGAAGAAUUCAGUUCUAUGGAAUCUGAAAAAAAGGCUUCCAAUAGAAAAGAACAACAAAGAAGAAACAAGAUUCAAAAGAGUAAGGAAAGAGAUGAACAGAUAAUUAGAGAAAAAAUCCAGUCACCUAUCAUUGAAGCAGAAUCUGAAAAUCAAAUGAUUGAAGCCCCUCCAAGAUCCCUUUCAAAUAGAAAAGGGUUUUAUCAAAAUGAGUCAAUCAAGUCUUCAGAAAAAUCAAUCGCUGAGAGGCAGUUAGAUACUACCAAAUUCAAUCCAGAGUCUCCAGAAAGUUUAGUACCUUUCAAAUCUCCAAGACUUGUAAAACUUUGGAGACAAGGUAAAAUUAUUCCAGAAAAUAUUAGAGAAAGAUUAAGAUUUGAAGAAACUACCGAGGGUCAUAUGGAUAUUUAUUUACGAGAUGACCCAAACUGGUCACAGUUAACUACUAAACUACUCACACCAACUAGUACUCUAGUUCAAUUAGACAAAAUGAAAAUGCUCUCUGAGGAAACAGAUAUUCACAAAUAUUUCGACAACAAACCUUUAACAAUUAAGAAUUUUGACUAUCUUAUACGAUGCCAAGCUAUGCAAGGAAAAUUGGAAUUAGCCGAGCAAACAUUGGAGAAAAUUAAAUCAUUAGGACCUUCUCCCCAAAUAUUGACAAAUAUAUUGGAGAAGAGAAAGGCUGCAAUUUUAAGUGGACAAACAGAAAUUGAUGAAAAUGAUCUAUUAUUACCCUCUGAAUACACAUACAAUGCUGUAAUGACAGCUUGUGCUGUUAGAGGAGAUUACAAGAAGGCCUAUGGUUACUUGAGAGAAAUGCAAAGUGAAUACCACAUUAGUCCUACAAUUGUAUCUUACAGUAUAGUAGUUCAUGCAAUGGUAAGGGCUGGAAAGGUAGAUGAAGCUUUCCAAAUGGUAGAAUUAAUGCGUUCUCACAACUUACCAACAGAUACUGUUAUUCAUACUGACCUUAUUCAAGGUUGUAUAAAGAAAGGAGAUUUAGAGAGAGCUUGGAAUCAUUACAUGGCUAUGGGUAUGGUUUAUGGUAUUCCUCAUGAUGAAGUAACUGUUACAACAAUGAUAAAUGCAUGUGCUAUGAGAGGCCAAGCAGAAAGAGCCAUGAUGCUUUUCAGGAGAUUGGAGCAACAAAUGAUGAUAGAACCUACAGAAGUAACAUUCAAUACUCUUAUCAAAGCAUAUUCCAAAAGAAAAGAACUUCGUCACAGAGUGUUUGAGUUAGCUGAACAAAUGGAGCUGUACGGUUACAAACCAGAUAUUUAUACUAUUAAUUCUCUCAUCAAUGCAUGUGCAGAUGAUGGAAGUGUUGCCAGAAUGAAAAAGGUUCUUUUGAAAAUGAAAGAGAUAGGUAUUAAGCCAACUGAGCACACUUACAAUUCAGUCCUUAGCUGUUUUAGUAUUGCUCAACAACAGAAAGGCAACAAGAACCUCACAAAAGAACAAAACCAAAACAUUUCAGAUGCUCUUGCUGUUUAUGAAAAAAUGAAAGAAACUAAUCUUCCAAUCAGCGAAUAUACACUCAAUUCGUUAUUGGGAGUAUUUACCAAUGCUCUCAGAGUGGAAAAAGCCUUGGAAUUGUGCAAAAAUAAGUACACAGAACAUAAUCUACAACCAACAGGAAUAGCAUAUACGCUUUUAGUAAGGAUGUACUGUAGAUUGAAGAGGACAGAAAGUGCACUACUCUUAUUUGAUGAAAUGAAACAAAAUGGUGUCCAACCAACUUAUCAAGCAUACAAACAUAUGAUUUUCAGAUUAGUAGAUGAAGGAUAUGUGGAAAAAGCUCGCGAAUUCCUAAAGAAAAUGUUCGAAGAAACUGGAUUUAAACUAUCUCCAUCAGAUAUUAUUGUUUACAAGAGUAAGGUUGCUGGAGCAGCAAGAUUGAUCAAAGAAAGAAAACAUGAAGAAAAUGUAGAUGAAUACAUCAAAUCCUUUAUAGAUUUGGUUGACUAUGAUUUGACUCCAAAAUCAAAGCAAUAAAACCACAAAUAUUAUUCUGC